AUGGCUCGUCCCAAUACAGAUACGAUGCUCUGCGACGCAUGUGUUGCUAUUUUCGAGAUUGACGACCCAGAGGAAGCCACAUCAGCACAAGGGCUACCGCACCAUGCCACCGUGGACUCCUUUUACGAAGCGGUGGCUCGAGGUUGCUUCCUGUGCCGCCGUCUCGACAGAGUGUUCAAAGAAGGGCACGGGCAUUCGACUCAGAUACCCGUCGGGAUCGGAACUGGGACUGGGACUGGACCAGCUACGGUAUACUCGACGGGCAAGCAAUGGGAUCGAUCCAGAGUCAGGCUCGCUCUGAACCCAAACAACACCGCCCUGUCGGUGCAUACGUCGGUUGCAGCCGACUUGACUGAAGUCAACCCCAAUGUCAGUUUCAACCACCCAGCCCAUGGGAGACGGGAUCUGAUCCGUCGGUUCUAUUCCAAUUGCGACUCAGGCGUCGGCUCCCACAAAGUCUGCAAGGCCUCCCGCGUCAUGGCAUCGGAACGUAGCCCCAGCCAUACCCUGAUAGAUCUGCGAAGAGACGACGACAAAGACCUGAUCUCGUUCAGAUUUCAGCAGUCUACCCCCUCCCUUCCGUACUGUACCUUUGCCUGCUCUUGUGCAGACGAGCAUUCCACCUGGCUCGCCCAACUCCCCCGCUCUUCCGAUUCGUGGACGUCUUCACGCGCACUUCCGGCCUGUAUCCAAGACGCCGCAAGACUUGCCACGGCCGCAGGCGUUUGGAGGCUCUGGCUGCGAGAGCUCAUGCCCUCCCGGGCACUGGCUCAACACGACCCAGACCUCCUCUGCGACAUCUACGGCACAGCGGCUUUCAACAUCGUCAGUCUGGCUCCCGCGGCUUCGACCGGAGGCUGCAUCCCCCCGCCGAGGACAGGCGAUCUGGUCCCGGUCAUCGCGCCGACACCGACCCGUCCGGUAACGGUGAUGCACGACUGCACGUCGCUCCGCGAGCCUAUCAUCAGGUCAUCUCUGUGGGCAGACCCGUGUUUCCACCAGUCCCUCCUCGCCUCGCCUGCGACCCUGUUCUGCACGGCGGAGCAGCUGUGGUGGCAGUGCCAUGCCGGGUUGCACAGCGAGACGUACCCCGAAGGUGCGCCGCCCCUGAUCGAGACCGCCUACGUGCUCGACCCGAAGCUGUUCGCGAAUUUCGACCGGCGCAUCGGACUGGGUCAGGAUAUCACGCUCCCGUCUGACGCGAGGUACGACUUUUUCGCCGGGUCUCUGGCUGCACUCUGGACCAGCGUCGUGUCCGCAUACUCCCAGACGACGAUGACGUCGGCUGAUUACGACCGCUGGGUGGGCAUCAUAGACGCAAUGGCUCGGCACUUGAUAAAGAACUCGAGAGGGCCUGAUGGCACCGCCGAGACGGUGAAAUACGCUCAUGGGACCUGGUCCGCCCGGCUGGUCGAGCAACUGGCGUGGAAAGUGGCCGACCAUGACGAGUCAGCGCAACUGCCUUGCCGAACGUCUACGGCUGGUGGCCGACCACCCACGUGGUCAUGGCUGAGUGCAGCGAGACCCGUGCAAUUUAGCUUCAUCGUCUCCUUUCUGCACGGCGCUUCUACAUCAGUGAUGCGGCCGGACGACCAUCGCGUUGCCCCGAUCGCGAGUGCCGAGUUCGUGGAAGAAUCGGAAGGCGGCCAUGAUGAUAGGAAGAUCCGCAUACGCGGGCGACUGAUCGAGGCCACGGUAGACCUUGGGAGCAAGUCCGAAACAACGGCAUCUAACAACUGUCAAGUGAUGAUCAGAGGCCUCGGCUUGGCACAUCUGUACCUGGAUGAUGUUGGUGAAAAGGUGCACCGGGAAUUAGGGGGUGAUAGGUCGUUUUAUGUAGUGCCUUUGUUCGCCAACUUCCACGACCCGUCACAGACGCUCCUUGUUCAGGGCAUCCUCGUCGCGGCUGAGCGGAAUGGGUUAUACACCCGCUGCGGCUGGGCAGAGUACAACAAUGCCCAGACGAGAGCGAAGAUCUCAUCUGAUAUGGCGGACCUCGCUCGGGGUAACGAGGAACACCACCAGGUCUUCCUCGUUACGUAG